AUGACUACCGCAAGUGGAGGCUCGCUGGUAUUUCUUUAUGGUAAGCAGGGCGCCUGAUGGAAAGCUGCUUUUUAUACCGACAUUUAUAUCAAUCCACCGUUUGUAUUUUUCAACCAAGUAACAUGAGGUAUAAUUUUUUGGCAUAUCUGUGUUGUUUUUAGGACUUGAUCAUUUCGUCAAGACCAGUUUCUCCGUGGCAAUCGAGAGUUUGCUGUUCAGAAUCAAAGACGUUAUUUUUGAUGGCCUACAUUCGGAAUACACAAACUGGACUUAUCACGCCACGGCACUUACUCAUUAUAAAGCUUUGCACUUCGAAGGGAAGGGUUAGUUCCAUCUGCAUGUUUUACAUUGGAAUUUGCUAAGGGAGCCGUCGUUAUUUAUGGCGGGGGGUGGCGCCGAAGAUAAAUGUUUUUCUUGAUACAAAUUGUUCUGAUUCAACCAUUACAAAGUCAAAAAAUAUUUUUACCUAACCUCACAUGUCAAUUAAGAAAUAAUUAACCACCCCUGGCCAAAAACCUUCCCAAACGAUACCGUCCAGUUGUCACACGUUUACCAUUUCUGUGACAUGAGUUUGACAACUGUUUGUGCAAUUUUUUGUAGUCUAAAGUUUCAUGUUGUCUGCACAAGUACUUUCUUUGGAGACACCAUUUGCCUCCUGACAAAUCGGAAAAUGAUCAAGAUAGUGACUCUGAUUGAUUUACAUAUUGUAUUGACAUACGACUGUUGGCAUUGCUUUUCAGUCUUCAAUAUUUGAGUGAGUCAUGCUUUGGAAAUGACAAUAAAUUUUUAUCACCCAACCCUUGAGUUGUUUUGUUUUUCAUUUACCCAACCUUUCACUCACACAAAAUUUUGUUUACCCAAUCCUUUUCUCUUCGGUGCUAACCCUUCCAUAAUUAUCGAAAUACAUAUAAUGCAAAGAAUGAACAUUAUUUUCUCACUCCGAUAACUGCAGGUUGACCAGCAUCUGCUGUACGACAGUGCUUAGUGAAAAUGACUGACAUUAGUUUUCUCUAUUCCAGCUAUUCCUAUGUUUGUAAUUUGGCUGGUGUUGACAGCGCUGGGGAUUGGGGUGCAGUAUAAGUGGACCAGUAAAGAGAAUUCUGAGGAGACGCCCGAGUGUUCCUCAUUGUUAAAUUGUUGUCGCUCAUCAUCCUUCUCGAAAUCUGAUUAUGCAUGA